CCCAUCACUCCGCAGGUCCCAAUCGCUCUCCCUCUUUCCCCUGUUCCCUCAGUACGUAUUCACUUCUCUCUUUCAUCGUCCUUUUCAUUUCUUCUCCCCGACUUUUGUUUUUUUUCCUGUUUCGUUUCGCAUCAUCUCCUCCACACCCUGCUUUGUUAGCUGUGUUUUUGAGGUCCUUCUUGGGUUCCAGCUAUUCCAUCCCCUUUGCUCCUGAUUGAAACUGAUCCUCACCCUUUUACCGGUGAAUAAUAGUAUCCUGGGGAACUUCCUCAUCGACGCUCGCUACCACCUGCUUCCUCUACGCUCGCUUCUCAUAUCACCUGCACACCCUUAACUUCCACAAUGGCUACACCACCUCCUGCACCCGUUGCCAAUGGCACGCCCGUCUCGUCUUCUCCCCCCAGCAGCAAGCCCAGUUCGCCCUUCGUUGAGCGCAGUAACCCAAUGGGCGCGGGAAACGCUCAGACCGUGAGCUCCAAGGACCCCAAGGCUGUUGCUCAAGCUGCUACGGAUAUGAAGAACGUCGUUCGCCGGAAGCUGACCGGCUACGUUGGUUUUGCCAACCUGCCCAACCAAUGGCACCGUAAGAGUGUCCGCAAGGGAUUCAACUUCAACGUGAUGGUUGUUGGUGAGUCUGGUCUCGGAAAGUCGACUCUCGUGAACACACUCUUCAACGCCUCGCUCUACCCUCCUAAGGAACGCACCGGCCCUAGCCACGACAUUAUUCCCAAGACCGUUUCUAUCCAAUCUAUCAGCUCCGAUAUCGAAGAGAACGGUGUCCGUCUCCGUCUGACCGUGGUUGACACCCCCGGAUUCGGUGAUUUUGUGAACAAUGACGACUCGUGGCGCCCGAUUGUGGAGAACAUCGAACAGAGAUACGAUGCCUACCUGGAGGCCGAGAACAAGGUCAACAGAACCAACAUUGUCGACAACCGCAUCCACGCUUGCGUUUACUUCAUCCAGCCCACUGGCCACUCCUUGAAGCCCCUCGAUAUCGAAGUCAUGCGCAGGUUGCACACCAAGGUCAACCUGAUUCCUGUGAUCGCCAAGGCUGACACCUUGACGGACGAGGAGAUUGUGGACUUCAAGAAGAGGAUCUUGGCCGAUAUCCAGCACCACUCCAUUCAGAUCUUCGAAGGCCCCCGCUAUGAGCUUGACGACGAGGAGACCAUUGCCGAGAACCAGGAGAUCAUGUCCAAGGUCCCGUUCGCUGUCGUUGGAGCCAACUCCGAGGUCACGACCCCUGAUGGCCGGAAAGUGCGCGGUAGAAGCUACCCCUGGGGUAUCAUUGAAGUCGACAACGAGGAACACUGCGACUUUGUCAAGCUGCGCCAGAUGCUGAUCCGCACUCACAUGGAGGAGCUCAAGGAACACACCAACAACUCUCUGUACGAGAACUACCGCUCCGACAAGCUCACCCAGAUGGGUGUGGCCCAGGACCCAAGCGUCUUCAAGGAGGUCAACCCUGCUGUCAAGCAAGAGGAGGAGCGUGCCCUCCACGAGCAGAAGCUUGCCAAGAUGGAGGCAGAGAUGAAGAUGGUCUUCCAACAGAAGGUCGCAGAGAAGGAGAGCAAGCUGAAACAGAGCGAAGACGAACUAUACGCCCGACAUCGCGAGAUGAAGGACCAACUGGAACGGCAACGUCUGGAGCUGGACGAGAAAAAGGCGCGCCUCGAAAGUGGGAGGCCAAUCGAAAAGGAGACGAAGCGAAAGGGAUUCUCGCUUCGUUAGACGCACGCACGCAUGACUGGUACCCCGAUGCCUUUGCCAAGGGAAUUACAUCAAGGACCACCGAGGUUACGGAUGGUCGUCGGAGGCACUCAGGUGGUUUUAUGUUGAUUUCUCCACGACUCCCGAUUGACCGCACGCUCUUUCUAACCCGCCGCCUCUUUUCUCUUGUGUUUAUUUGUUCUCACCCCCACACUCC